AGGAGCUUGAAACCGGAGGGAGCACUGACAGAAAAUUAAAAAUGAGGUUCAUGCUGAUACAAUGGAUCGAAGAUCCCCCAAAAUGGGAUGUGCUUCCAACCAAUAAAAUGAUACAUGGCCGCUGUGAAAUAGGUUGUAUAUGUGACGUUUCAUACCAAGAUGAGUCAACCCCUGCAAAAAUUUUAAACAUUGGAACUAGAUCUGCAAUGCUGAAGCAGCUAAAUAUGGUCAUCAACAGGAUGGGGCCUGAAGGAAAUGGAGAACAAUUGGGGAGAGGGCAGCGCAAAAAAUACCGCCGAAUACUGUCGGAGAGCUCCAGCAGUGAGGAAUAUGAGCCUGUCAACAAACAGGUUGCUGCAAAGAACAUAAACAGGAUAAGAGCCAGAUCUUUUCUACAGCAGUAUAAUCAAGAAAAAGAAUCAAACAGGGAGGCAGUAACAUCUAGAAACAGUGACAGUGAAUUUAAUGUUCAAAUACUUGCAGAACUUGCAGAAAUCAAGAGUGCUCUUUUGGAAACUCUGACACUUUUAAAAAAUGGAUGCACUCCAUUAAUGACUGCGCCAAUCCCAACACUGGGAACCCCUCCUGGACCCACUUCAGAUUUGAUUCCCGGCAGUUCAGAGUCUUCUGCAGUCAUACCAGCCCCGAGUUCCUCUCUUCAGACUCUUAAUAUAAAGGAGUCUAGAAGUAAUGGUAACUGCAAAAAGGUAAGAAUUGGCCCCAACAUGUCAAUCACUGCUGAACAGUUUGCCCACGUGAAAUGGACUGAUCACAAAAAAGCCACAAAAGACCUCUUGCUGGCAGUGUUUGGAAGAGGUGUUCUCGCAACACACUGCUACACAGGAAGAUGUUCCAAUGCAUUCAAAAACAAAGCAGCCAAACCUCAACUUGAUUCUGAAAAAGUGUCUGACAUCAUUAGCUACAUCAAAAAUAAAUUCAAUGUUGAAGCAAAUGUAAAUAAGAAGGCCAUCUCCCAGAAAUGCACAGAUGAAUGCAAGUUGGCAAAACGGCACAACAGUGAUUGUGUGUAAUGUUGUAUUUCCCAGUUACUGCUUUAGUUAUUGUUUGUUUGUGAAAGCCUGUAAUGAAUAUCAGUUGAACUGAGAACAAAAAGGUAAUAAAUUCAAUAUAAUUCAAGUUAUGAAACAAGACUAAAUUA